GCUGACUUUUGGUCGGUUACUGUGCCUGAAGUGUGCAAAGAACCUGUUCUAUCAGAUUCUAUUGAUUUGUUGUUGAACAAACUGAAGGAAGAGUGUCCUUAAAGGUGUUGGAAGACUGGAUUUUCCAGCAAAACAAGCUCGAGGAAUGAAUCUCGGAGUGAAGAUGGUGCAGAAGAAGGUGGCGGUUCUCUACCAUUACCCUUGCCACGACGGUGUCUUCGCCGCCUUGGCAGCUCAUCUCUACUUCUCAGCGAACUCAAUCCCUUCCCUCUUCUUCCCAAACACAGUCUACUCUCCAAUCACAAUCAGCAAGCUUCCUCUCCAAGACAUCAGCCAUCUCUAUCUUCUCGAUUUCACAGGACCCCCCGGUUUUGUCCAACAAGUCUCUCCCAAAGUCAACAACGUAGUCAUCCUCGACCACCACAAAACCGCUAUUGAGAGCUUGGGCGAUGUCUCUUCCACUUGCAAGAACGUUACCAAAGUUUUGGAUAUAGGGAGAAGCGGAGCCACCAUUGCGUUUGACUAUUUUACUCAGAAGCUGAAGGAAGAGUCUCGAGGAAACUGCAGAGAGAUGGAUGAGUUCAAGAGAAUGAGACGUGUUUUCGAGUACAUUGAAGAUGCGGAUAUCUGGAAGUGGAACUUACCGGAGAGCAAAGCGUUCAACAGUGGGAUCAUAGACUUAGGGAUCGAAUACAAUUUCAAUCAGAACAGUUCGCUGUUUCAGCAGCUGCUCUCGCUGGAUCAUGACACUGUGAUCAACAGAGGGAGAGAGAGUUUGUCUAGGAAACAUAAACUGAUUCAAGAGGCGCUGGAACAGUCUUAUGAGAUUGUUCUUGGAGGUGGUGCUGAAGAGUUUGGUCGGUGUUUGGCUGUAAAUGGAGACGAGAUUGCCGAGCUUAGAAGCGAGCUAGGGAAUCAAUUGGCGGAGAAGAGCAAGGGUAUGAGACUCAGAGGUGUUGGAGCUGUUGUUUACAGAGUUCCAGAGCUUGGGGAUGAGACCAAACUGAAAAUAAGCCUGAGGAGUGUCAAAGAAGAAGACACAACAGUGGUUUCUCAGAGAUUCGGAGGUGGUGGUCAUAAAAACGCAAGCUCCUUCCUGUUAAGCUCAACAGAGUUCGAGCAAUGGAAAGUGAAAAGAAACUCUUGUUCUUAUACAUUAAACUAGAGAUGUUUUUUUCAUUUUAACUCUACAUGGAAUGCUAACUUGAACCGGUUUGGUUUACGCAUUGACGUUGAUAAUACAUCUGGUUUUGUAUUGUUUCUUUACUCUCA